AUGGCCGCUCAAAAGCCACCGAAAGUACUCCUCUUCGAUAUCGGGGGCGUCUGUGUAGUCUCCCCUUUCCAGUCAAUCUUGGACUACGAACUGAGUCUGGGCAUCCCGCCAGGCUGGAUCAACUACUCCCUCUCCAAGACGGCCCCUGAUGGCUUCUGGCACAAGUUAGAGCGGGGCGACAUUCCCAUGGACGACGCCUUCUUCGCCGGGUUCACAAACGACCUGCACGACCCGGGAAGGUGGACAGCCUUCUACAAGGCCCAUCAGGCGAAGAACCCGAAGCUGCCGCGUGAUGUUCCUCGUCUACCAAGCUUGGAUGCUAAAUGGCUCUUCAACGACAUGAUGACGGCGUCCAACGCCCCAGAUCCCUGGAUGUACCCAGCGCUGAAGCGACUGAGGGAAAGUGAAAAGUUCAUACUCGCUGCAGUCAGCAACACCGUCAUCUUCCCGCCCGGCCACGCGCUGCACCGACCCGACUUCUUCAGCGAGCCGAUCCGCAGCCUCUUUGACGUCUUCGUCUCAUCGGCGCACGUAGGGAUGAGGAAGCCGGAUCCUAGGAUAUACGAGUACACCCUCAGGGAGGUGGACAAGUAUGCAAAGGAUCAUGCCGACGAUGACAAGGGACGACGGCUAGGGUGGGAAGCUGGUGUUGGUGUGAAGCCUGAUGAGAUUGUGUUCCUGGACGACAUUGGUGAGAAUCUGAAGGGCGGAAAGAAGAUUGGGUUCCGUACGAUCAAAGUACCCCUGGGCAAGGCGUACGAGGCUGUGGACGAGCUGGAGGCCAUCACUGGCCUUAAGCUGGCUGGCGAUCACCCCCGUGUACCUAUCGAGCCUAAGAUUGGCAGUACAAAGGCCAAGAUAUAG